AUGGCGACUUCCUUGUUGCUAACCGCUUUGCUUCUCCUCCCUUUAGCCAUUGCCGCCAACUCCGCUCCCCUUCCCGCCUUCAAAAGAAUCUACCAAUUUGGCGAUUCCCUUUCCGAUACCGGAAACUUACUCCGUUGGGGCAAAAUGUUUUACCCUGCCGACCGCCUCCCGUACGGCGAAACCUACUUCCGUAAAGCCACCGGUAGGUUCUCCGACGGCCGCCUCAUCCUCGACCACAUCGCCGCCGCACUUAAGCUCCCGUUCAUUGACGCGUACCUGAACCCCAACGGCUCAUUCGCUCACGGCGUUAAUUUCGCCGUCGCCGGAGCAACGGCGAACGACCUAGAUUUUUUCACCAAGAGAAACGUCACCAUGCCCACCUUCAAACCCCCGAUUAGCCAACAACUGAAGUGGUUCGAAGCGCACAUUAACUCCACGUGCCGCGCACGCCGACGCCGCAGAGCGUCGUGCUCCGCAAGAUUCGGAACUAACUCUCUCUUCAUUUUCGGAGAGUAUGGCGGCAACGACUACUUCCCCGCCUUCCAGCAAGGAAAGUCCAUCGAUGAGGUCAAGUCUUACGUUCCGUACACCGUCGCCGCCAUCGUCCGAGGAAUUAAACGGAUCGUCAAGUUCGGAGCAAAACGGAUCGUGGUUCCCGGCCCCGUUCCAUUCGGCUGCAUGCCGUCUCAACUCGCCGCUUCCGCCGCCGUCGCCGAUCCAACCGAUUACGACGAAUUCGGAUGCCUGAAACCCUACAACAGCUUCACUUCCUACCACAACCGCUAUUUACGCGCCCUUGUGUCUUCUCUCCACCGAGAAUUCUCCGGCGAGGGUGUUGUGAUCGUUUACGCCGAUUAUUACGGCGGUUUCAUGGAUAUUCUCCGGAACGCGACUCAGCUCGGAUUCGAUAAGGGGUCAUUGCUUAAAGCGUGCUGUGGAACAGGUGGGGAGUAUAAGUUCGAUCACCUCCGGCCUUGUGGAACCGACGGCGUCGGGUCGUGCUCGGAGCCGGGCAGGGCCGUGCACUGGGACGGUGUUCAUCUCACCGAUGCAGCGUACCAUCAUAUUUCACAGUUUGUGAUUGAUCAAGUGUUUAGCAAGCUUGUGUUUUAG